AUGUCGGCUUUAGCUUACAGGCAGCCGUUGUCUGUACAGGAAAUGACUGCUCCCUCGCUACAGUCUCUUGAACAGACACCAGAAAACCCCAUCUUCGACUCGCGACUGAACGAUCCAAAUAGGCCCAAAAUUGCCUCAUUCUAUACAAACGAUCGUGAAAACAAACCCCACGGCACUACCUCACACUGCGAUCUUGUAUCAGGACCCGAGUCCUUCGAGUUAUACUCUCAGGCUGGUGGCGAGCCUUUGAUGGAGCUCCAACAAAAGCUCAGGCAAGCAACCAAAGUGUAUGUCGAGACAAUCAAGCAAGCAACCAAAGUGUAUAGCGAGACAGUACAGAGACUCUCGAAUGACUACAUAGGACACGGCAGAGGCACGAGCCGUAUGGAAGUAGUGCCUGAUCCGCAAGACGAACCGAUCGAGAAUGGAGCCUUUGCCCUUAGCACCACUACGAAUACACAGCGUUCAGGAGCAACCAUUGGUCUAGCAAGAUCUUCAAGUCAAGGAAUCACAAAGAACAACAGCUCUCGAAAAUAUUCUGUGAAUGAGAUAAGUAAGAUCAGCAAGUACAGCAGAUGUAAGGAAUGA